ACGGAAUCAAGACUGAAAGUGCCGUGAACGGUUUGAAUGGUUCAGAAGUGGCAACGAAUGGAACUGGACAAGAAUCGAUGAAAAAAGAGGCGUCUGAGACGAGUUUAGCAAAUUCGGUGGCAUCAUCUGAUUCACAACAGCCCGAUGCGACUCCUCCAGCCGCUGAGGCAUCCUCUCAACAAGCCCCAGCCACUGAUAGCAAACCGUCUCAAAAGACUCCACAACAAGGAAGCGAAAGCUCAGAUGAUACUCUGAAAGAUGAACCAAUGGACUGUUCUAUGCCCCCUUCAACAACUGUCCUUUCCGCAGAAACGACGAAACCAUUCGGUAGCGAUUCGAGUGAAACCAGCAAAAUGGAGAUCGUCACGGAGUCGUCCGGAAUGUCGAGUGGUACCUCGGGAGUGGAACAUGUGAGUGGCGAGAACGGGAAAAGUGAAGGAGGAUCAUUACAGCCACAUGCAGCAGCAUCGGAUGGUUCUAUAUCGGAGAGCAGUGAUACAUUAGCUGGCGUUAAAAGUAGCGUAACAAAU